AUGAACAUUCUUGCAAUAGGCUUGAUUUCUAUAUCCAUUCUCACUUUUGUGAUCUAUCUAAUAUGUUAUAUCCUCAGUGGGAGUAUAGUGAUCUCAGUAGCCAUUCUUUUACUAUGUUUAUACAAAAUAGCUCACUUGAUAUGCACAUUAAUUACAUUUCCAGGAUCUGUCAAAUCACUUUACUACAAAUUUACCUUGUUGAAUCUAAGCGAUUAUUUUGUAAGUAGAACCUUAUAGAAUUUGACAAUAAUCAUAAAUUCUAUGAAUCCUCAUAGGUAUACACCUCAAACUAUUGAAAAUGCAAUCUAAUUUUUGAAUAUACAAUGUAGGUCUCUAUAAGAAAUGAAUAAGAGGAAUGACCUACAAAACAAAUACCAUGUCCAAUUGAAGCUUUUGAGUGAAGAAUUGAUGCAAAUCCCCAAAAAUGAAUCACUUGAUAAAUUAUAGACAGAGAAGAAACAGAGAAUCACUUCCUAAAGCAAACAACUACAAAUCUUCCUUGAACACUACGCCUACCAAAUGUCCAAGCAGAGUAUUAUUAGAAGAUUCUUCUAACAUGAAUUCCUCUGCACUCUCGAAUAGAGAAGAAUUGAAAUUUUAAUUUAAAAUAACAAUGUUGAGAGACAUCUUCUCAAGAAUGCCAGCAGCUAAGAAACUAUAGAUUGUUUGUUCAUUAAGCAUAAUGAAAAUGGACCGACAGUGCUCUUUUGUAAUCCCAAUGCUGGGUAUUAUGAAUACAUGUUCUUUGAUUGCGAUUGGUUUAGAUUUUAUGCCUAGAUGAAAUUCAAUAUUAUUUUAUGGAACUACAGAAGUUUUGGAGAAAGCACAGGCAGUAUUUCAAUAGAAAACUGUAUUGAGGAUGGCCGUUACGUUGCUGAAUAUUUUAGGAGCAAGUAAAAAAUCAAAACACUGGGAGCUCAUGGUUAAUCCUUGGGAGGAAUGGUGGCAGCAGAAGUUGCGUAUAAAAUGAAGCUUUAAUUCCUAAUUGUCGAUAGAAGCUUUUCCUCAUUGGGUCAAGUGGCAGCUGCGAUGUUCUCCUCUUCGACUGUCAGAUUCAUUUAUAAUUGCCUUGUAAGUUGGGAUAAACCGAAUUAUCUGGCUUAUUACAAAUACGUGGGACCAAAAUUAAUAAUUUAAGAUCCGAAGGAUGAAAUACUACCGUAUGAAUCGUAGUUGCAAACUGCAGUGGUGCGUUGUCACUUUACUGAUUAGCCAAUAAAAUACUCGUUCAAGCAUUCCUAUUUUAAUCAAGAAUCUACUUAAUAUUUGAAAUACUUUUAUUCAAAAAUAUUGUCAAAGAAACAUGUACUUGAAUUGUGCACGUCACUUUAAUACAUUAUCAAUUUGGCCAUCAAGAUUAAUCAAGCUGAAAAUAAAUAAGAAUCUGAUAACAACAAACAAUAUAUUGAAUUGCAGAAUAACGAUGAUGAUCUAGAUGCAGCCAAACCUAUACUAUCAUAAGUCUAUUCACUUUUUUCAUUAAUCCAUUAUUGUGGCAAUAGUUUAUUGGAUGUAAUGAAUAGAUAGGCGAAUCCAGAGAAGAUUGCUUUGUUUUUUGGCAGUUGUUUUGCAUUUGAUUAACAAGAUGACGGUGAGUUUGAAAAAUGCUUCCAGAAUUUCGAAGUUAGUUGUACAGAGUUUUUGGAAUCCUCUCAUUAUUACAUUAAUUGGGGCUAAAUUCGAACUCACAUUAGGAUAAUUAGAGACAUCAGUCGAAGUAUUAUUGGCAAAUUCCAACAUAUCAAACAAAGCAAUGAUUACUCUCUGGAAAUGACUGGUUACACCAAUGACUCAGAUUUGUGCAAGAAGAACAUGUUAGGAGAAUUGGUUUCAGUUUCAUGUGGACACAACAACAAUCUAAGCAGAGAAGAUACCUAUUUAGUAUAGAAAUUCUUGUUGAAAAAUAAACUGAGAUGAUUAUAUUUAUCUUCUAUUUUUCAUUUAAUUAUUAUUAUUCACUUC